AUGGCCGACUCUGCCCCCCACCCACUCGCAAGCCCAAGUUCAUACUCAGACAGUGAACGCUACUUCAUUUCCUCAGGCAAAAAAUUAUCCUUCCAACCCAUUCCAACGUCUAUUUACCGCCUCGCCCAAACAACCGAGUCCAUCAAAACCAAAGGCACGCUUUGGCAACUGAACCCAUCGGCGUCGGAUGACCCCUCUACCACAGGAAAUACGUUCGACGUUGUAUCCAACCUCCCUCUGUUCGCUGCGCGCUAUGACAACCCGUUAGUUUCAGGAAAUGAUUCAAAAACUAUCUACUGGGAAUUUGAAAUCACGAGUUUGGGGUACUCUGGCACUCCGGCGGGGUUGGCAUUCGGCUUCGUUGUAAAAGACGCUGGGUCGGAGGCUAUAGCUUCUAACAGCGGUGGAAGCCUUCGCCCAUAUGACCAAGCUGCUGCGCCAAAGUCUCUUUCUGGGCCUAGUAUUCUCUGGAACUCUGUAGAUGGUGGGGUAUAUGAAAAUGGAACAAAGGUCCCAGAUUCCGAAUUUCAGGCAAAAGUGGGGGAUAUAGUAGGAAUCGGAGUAACCUUCCAGUUCGACCCUAGUAUUCCUAUGAUCCCAACUAGAGAUGUGAACGACAAUCCAAACGCCAAGGCCGGAAAGUUCUCGAAGUCGUUAGAUACCAAGGGAAAUAAAACAACCAGAGUUGCAGAAGUGAAGGAUCUUGUGCCAGUUCCAACAAGAGUGUUUGUCACUAUUAACGGCGAAGAGAGAAGAAUUGAAGGAGACGUGGCGAGGGCAUUUGUUUCCGGUGUUGCCGAUGUCUUCCCAGUGUUAAUGGUAUUUGGACCUGGCGUGGGUGGGAAAGUUAAAAUUGGUGAAGCCGUAAACUUUGGUGGCGAGGGAGGAUUGGCAGAUGCGCAGUUAGCAGCGAAGGGUAACAGUGCUCAUGCUGGGCAUAAAAAAUCAAGGUUUUCGAAGGUAUUCAAAAUACCUGCCGAUGCUUGGUUUGGUGGCAUUGGAUCCGGAAUGGGAACUAGUAGUGGCUAG